AUGUCUCCAUUGAGCCCAAAUGCCCCUAUCCUGGAAACUGGAGAUUUGAAGACAAAUAUGGUGGCCCAAAACGUGCACUUAUUCAGGAACUGUUCUCUUUCCAUCGAAACCUACACAUAUAAGUCACGGGUAUUUGAUGGAAGGAAAUCCGGAAUGAAUAAUGCCGUGGAUAUGUCAUGGAGGGUGUUGGCGGGGCAGCCACUUGGUUUUCCUCACUUUCCCUGUAGAAGUAGAUCAAAGAGAAGGAUGAGGGCAAAACCAGUCACUCCCAGAGUAGCCUUAGUCGAGGCAAGGCCUACUCCACCUCCAGUUCCAGUUAACAGAAACAACCAAGACGGUGAUCGAAAACCACAAGUGAUUGCUUCAGUUACAGCUGUAAAAGAGGAUUCCUCUCUUCGAUUCUCUAGGGACCGAAUGGAGGAUAUGCAAGCCGAAGCCAGGGCUAUGGCUCGUGCCGUUAAUGCAUCUGUUUAUAGUCCCCAACUCCUGUCCAGUAAAUAUGGCUCCCGGCCCGUUAAGGUACUAGGCAGGGCACUGGAAAUACUCACAGGACUGGGUUCAUUUGCCUUAAAGGUUUGGCUGGAUCAGUUGAAUAACGUGGUUGAUGUUAACAAAAGAUUGCGAGCCGUUGAGCUCCGACAAGUUUUGACUAGGUUAGGACCUACUUUUGUGAAAAUUGGACAAGGCUUGUCAACUAGACCCGACCUAUGUCCUACCGAAUAUCUGGAAGAGCUUGCGGAACUUCAGGAUGCUUUGCCUACAUUUCCGGACGGAGAGGCAUUUGCUUGUAUUGAACGAGAGUUGGGACGACCGCUAGAUUCCAUUUUCUCAGCAGUAUCUGCAUCACCAAUUGCUGCAGCAAGUCUGGGCCAAGUUUAUAAAGCUCAGUUGAAGUACUCUGGCCAGGUUGUUGCUGUGAAGGUGCAAAGGCCUGGUAUUGAAGAAGCCAUAGGUUUGGACUUCUAUCUGAUACGAGGUUUAGGGUUCCUUGUUAAUAAAUAUGUUGACAUUAUUACCAGCGAUGUUGUCGCACUUAUCGAUGAAUUUGCUCGUAGAGUUUACCAAGAGCUGAAUUACGUGCAGGAGGGGCAGAAUGCACGGAGGUUCAGGAAGUUGUAUGCUGAUAGAGAAGACGUGCUUGUCCCGGAUAUCUUUUGGGACUACACAAGUGGAAAAGUAUUGACGAUGGAGUGGGUUGAAGGUGUUAAAUUAAACGAGCAAGAAUCUAUCGAGAGACAAGGGCUAAAUGUAUUGGAACUGGUGAACACAGGCAUCCAAUGCAGUCUUAGACAGUUACUUGAGUAUGGUUAUUUCCAUGCCGAUCCCCAUCCUGGAAAUCUCUUAGCCACGCCUGAGGGAAAGCUUGCUUUUCUUGAUUUUGGAAUGAUGAGUGAAACUCCCGAGCAAGCUAGAGUUGCUAUAAUUGGUCAUGUUGUUCACUUAGUUAAUCGAGACUAUGAAGCCAUGGCCCGUGAUUACUAUGCUUUGGACUUUUUGGCACCUGAAGUAGAUGUCUCUCCGAUUGUGCCAGCACUGAGGGACUUCUUUGAUGAUGCACUUACUUUGACUGUGAGCGAGCUGAACUUCAAAACUCUGGUGGAUGGCCUGGGUGCUGUAUUGUAUCAGUAUCCAUUUAAUGUUCCAGCUUACUACGCGUUGAUCUUGAGGUCCCUUACUGUAUUAGAAGGUUUAGCUUUGUACGCCGAUCCUAAUUUUAAGGUGUUGGCUGCUUCAUAUCCAUAUUUUGCUAAAAGGCUUCUCACAGAUCCAAAUCCAUACCUUAGAGAUGCUCUUAUAGAGUUACUUUUCAAGGAUGGGAGGUUCAGGUGGAAUAGACUUGAGAACCUACUUGUUCAAGGGAAGAAGGACAAGGAUUUUUCUGCAAAAGACGCGCUACAGCCGGUCCUCAAAUUGUUACUUGGUGAGGAAGGCGAACCACUGAGGGCAUUGGUGGUGAAAGAGGCAGUUCUUGUGACUGAAGCAGUUGUUUUGGGCACAGUGCUCGACUCUUACAAUUCUGCUCCUGCUUUUAUAAAGAGCUUCAUUUCGAGUAAUAAUGGAACUGAUCCUUUCCCUAUUGGCACUGCUGAUAAGGAAAACAUGCUGGAGCUUAGGGCACAAGUAAUACGUGUGUGGGAACUUUUGCGAACUUCUCAGAAUUUUGAUCCUGCUCUAUUACAGCCUAUACUGCAGGUGCUUCAAGAACCUGAAGCUCGCAGUCUAGGUGGUCGUGUAUUUGGUGGAGUAACCCAGCGGUUGGCAGCACGCUUUCUGCAACAAGUUCUCAGAGCUCCGCCGCCACUUCCUGCUCCACUUUCAUAA